AUGAUUAAUUUAUAAGCAAUAGUAAGUUUGGAUAUAGGGGAAAAAAUAGAAUAGAUUUGUAUUUAUGAAGGGGAUGACAUUGAACUAUUGACAUAAUUUUUUUGUGAUAGACAUCAUAUUAAAUAAGAAGGAAAAUAAUUUAUAAUUGCAGAAAUUAAAAGAUAGCUAAAAGUUCCAGUAUUAAUUUUUAUAUUAUUUCAGGUAAAAACUCGUCAUACUUCUAUACUUUCAUUAAAUACAUAACAACUUGUAUAAAAAUUAUACAGAAAUAAAACAGGUAUCAAUUUUAAUAAUAAAAGAGAUGGAUGUUUUCGAAUAGCUAUAUGCAGAUGCCAGUAACUAAUAAAAAAGAUUGAAUACAGCUUUAUAAGAAUAAGAACAAGAAUAAAAAUAAAUUAAUUAUGCAAUACCAAGAAUUAAUAGCAUAUCUCGUUUAAUCGUUAAAAAGAGAGGAACUUCUGAACAACCUAUUCAUUCGAAAUUAUAUAAUGAUGCUAAAUUAUUAAAUGCUAAAAAACAUAUACUAAGAUAAAGAGUUAUGAGUUAAAUUUAUCCAUUUCAUCCAAAUAAUGGAUUUAAUUUUGCAAAAAAACCUACUUUAUAAGAGUAAAUCUAACAUGCUGAAAAACUUAUUUAAGAAAAGAGAGAUUAAAAAUUGAAGUUGCAAUAAAGAAGAUUAACAUAAGAAUCAGCAUAAAAUGAUAAAAUUACAAAUUAAGCAUAUUUCAAACCUCUGAUUAGAAAAGAUCAAACAUUCAAAUUAGUUAAAAAGAAAGUAGAUAAACAAGAUGAGAUUUUAGCAAAUUUAAUUGAUAAUAAACUUAUAAAAUUAAAUGACAAAAAUAAUACUAAAUCAAUUAUGAAGGAAAGAGAAGUUGCAAAUAAUAUUAAUUUUGUUGAAAAAAUAUUUAAAUAAUUAGAUUCAGAUAGAGAUGGUUUGAUAUCAAUUUAAUAUAUCAACUUAAAUAUAAAUGAAAAAGUGUUAAAAAAAAUUCAUCCAAUUUUGAAUUAUAUUGAGGGAAAAUAAUAAGAAAUUAAUCUUGAUUACUUUUUCUAACUAUUAAAAUUAUUUCAUAUUAAAUUGGAUUGA